AAUCCAUGAAGCAGAAUUUACAAGAGCUAAAAUUAGAAAUAUUUUCAAAAGUGCAAUAUUUAACAGCGUUUCGUUGAAGAAAAUCUUAAUCUCGAGAGAAGAACUAGACAGAAACACUGAAAUUACAGUCUUUCAGAUAACAACAUGAAGAUCGAAAGGUGGUGAUUUAAGAAGUUAAACCUGGAUGAAUAUGACUUAGUUUUUGAAAAAAGUACAGCUUUUAUUAUGAAAAUGGCUGACAUGGAAACCGAUGCGUCAGAGGACCCAGCAGGGGACGUUAGACAGUUUUCUCAACACAAACUUCUCCUUGAAGUCGACAGUGAGCUGGACUCCGAAGAUAUAGAGAAUAUGAAAUUUUUGUGCCAGGAUGUUAUCCCAUUAAGUAAACUUCAGAAGAUUGAUAGAGGAAUUGAUUUAUUUGUGCAGCUUGAAAAUGCAAACAAGAUUUCACCAAAGAAAGGAGAUUUGGAAUUGCUAUUUGAAAUUUUGUUCAGAGUUCGAAGACUUGAUUUGGUAAAAAAAUUAGGAAAAAAUUCAAAAGAAGUGAAGAGAAAGUAUGGUAGUGCUGACAGAGCUUUGUCCACAAACUUAUCACCAUUCAGAAAUAUGCUUUAUGAGCUUGUUGAAGAAUUAACUCAAGAGGAUUUUGCAACAACAAAGUUUGUGUUACAAAGUGAGUUUGGAAAAGGAACUAUGGCAAAGAUUAAGACAAUGAUGGACUUUUUUACUUUUCUUCAACGAGAGCAAGAACUGGAACUGGAUGAUGUUGAUAUUCUGUACAGGAUAAUGGACAUUUUGAAAAGGUCUGACCUGAAACAGAAAAUCCAAGAAUAUGAAAAUUAUCCGUACAAAAAGGGUAGACCAGGUCCACCCCUGCCUCCAGUGGCUGGACUUGGACCCAAACCAACAACACAGACACCUAACAUCAUAGAUCUUAUGCAAGUACAAACUGCAUCAAAUCCAGCCAGUGGGGUCAUGGUUUCUGCAAGUGAUCACGAAAUGAUGGAUACUAGUCAAAAUGUACUGCCACCAGCUCCUGCAGGAAGUAAGAUCCCAGACAAUUAUUUAAUGAGUAUCAGCAUAGAACUGGCAAAGGAACUAAGAUGGAGGAUGUUAUGUGCAGAACUUGAUAUAAGUAUUGAUGAUUUGGACGAAAUAACAGCAACAGGAAGGUCUACAGCAGGAAAAAUCUACCUUAUGUUAUCGUACUGGAGGGAUACGAUGGUGAAUGACAAUCCGAAUGCUGGUCAAAUGCUGUACCUUGCUAUGUAUAAGGCAAACUUUCAGGUUCUGGCUUUAAAUCUGGCCCUGAAAAACUUAUUUCCAGGAGUGGUUAUGGAACCUAUUCCAAGUACUACUGAAGAAAACAAGGAGACUGGCAUGGAAGAACAGGUAAAUCCUCCGACACAGCCCAUUCCCACACCAACUCCACCCAAUGACUCCAGCCAUGAAAUAUCACCUGCUGUGGCUCGUGUAUCACCAUGCCCUCAGGACCCAUCAUCAAGCAGACAGGAGAACAUGACAGAAAAUAUUGCCAUUCACGGAGAAGAAGCGCAGUUGUCCAUCUUAAAUCCCAGUCAAUCAACUGCCAAUCAACCUGAAGGUGUCCAGCACAAUCUUCAGCCAGGUCUUCCAGCUGAUGGCAGAAUGUCAGGUGGCCAGGAGUUGCCCAGAGAGCCGAUAAAUGAGACUGAGCAACAAAGACAAGAUAAUGAACUUAUUCGCCAAAUGCAGCGGGCUCAUGUUGACAACGAAAUAGAUCUACCUAGCUACAAAAUGGAUGCCAAACCAAGAGGUGUUUGUGUAAUCAUCAACAAUGAGAAAUUCUAUAAAGUGCCAGGAGAUGAUAACAGUAAAGAAAUGCCGAACCGUGUUGGGACACAAAAAGAUGCAGAGAGAUUGAGAUAUAUAUUUCAGAAGCUUGACUUCAUAGUAGAAACAUUCAAUGACCAGACUGAUUUCGAGAUUGCUCAGGUGCUGAGCAGCAUUGGCUAUCGCAACCAUGAACGUUUUGAUUGUUUUGUGUGCUGCAUUUUGACCCAUGGAGCCGCUGGUCACAUAUUUGGUAGUAAUGGAAAGAUGCUGAGAAUUGACAUCCUCACAGGAUUUUUCCGGGCACAGUUGUGCCCCACUCUUGCUGGCAAACCAAAGCUGUUUUUUAUCCAGGCCUGCCAGGGAAGAGAAAAACAGGGAGGCUAUGACAUUGAAGCAGACGCUGCAGUAAUGCGACAACACCCAAGUAGACAGGACAUUAUGGUUGACAUUAACGGUCGGGAGAUGAUUCCAGAUGAAGCCGAUUACAUUUUGGGGUAUGCCACUGUGCCAGGUUAUGUGUCUUACCGAAGUCGAAGCCAGGGAAGUUGGUUCAUCAACAAACUUGUGGAUAUGCUGGACAAAUAUGCCUACAGAUACGACUUACUCAGUGUGCUUGUAAAGGUGAAUGAGGAAGUAGGAAAUGCUAUCGCCAACAUUGAUGGAGGACGAUACAAACAGAUCCCAGCUCCUCUAGUUACGCUGAGGAAGAGACUCUGCUUCCGCUGACCCUACCAAUGAUUCACAGCUUAAAUGAUUGAAACUGGAAUCUAUAAUUCUUGCUUGAAUGUGUGAUCACUGUGAUAAUGUUUGAGUGUACAAUAUAUCAGAACUCACCAUGUGUAUGCUGGGCAGACUGAUCUGUCUGAUCAUAAACCACACCUGCUGUUUACAUGUUUAAGCUAUAUACCAUAUAUUCUCAUCAUGAAUGAUCAAAAUAGUAUGAUUACCCGUUAUAAUCUGCACUGGUAAAAUAAGCUGCAGAGCCAAUUUUUACCAAUUCUUUUUAUUUGAUCCCCACAUAAGCCUCACUGGAAUAUAAGCCUCACCCUUUCUUAUGAUAUGGUGACCACUAAUGUUGACAUUUGAUAUACCAGAUAAUAGAAGACAGUUCUUACAAAGUGGUAAACGUUACAUAGACCAAAGUUUGUGUAUAUAACAGACAAUCGAGGGCAAUUAAGCAAGGUCGUCAGUGAAACAUUUAAUAAAAGUUUGCAAAUGAAUUAUGCACAGAUAAUCUUUUAUAUAAUUGAUGUAGUUCAAAUAACAUAAAAUAGCAAAUAUCAGACUUGUUUGGCUUGGGUGCCUUCACAGAUUGUCUACGCACAGAUAUAGGGCCUGACGUUAUAUACGGUUUACGAAACAAUCUCUCCAUCAGUGUCUGUACUGUUGAAUAUUAAUGAAGGCUCUUGCAUGCUGACCAAAUUCUUUUGGCUCCAUAUUAUUUCUUCUUGUCAGUUUCAUGAAGCCAUUCAUAUUAUAAAUAAGCAUGGUGGUUGUUGACCUAUAACCAAUGACCUAUUGAUCCCAGGAUGCAAAAGAUGAUUGUAAACUUCUACCAUGGCUUCAAAGUAACAGUGAAAGUCCAGAAGAUAUCAUUGUAAUUCAUAUCAAAAGGCAUGCCUUAUUAAAUCCACAAGAAUCGUCUUCUUACCUCAAUCUUUAAAUCAUCCUGUAUACAGUUGUAAAUGAUGAUUCCAGAGGAUCUGUUUCAGUCACAAACACAAGACGGGCAGGUACUCAUAAAAAAAACUUGGUACGGUCUCUACUCCAACAAUGUGAGAGGUUUUACACAACAAGAAAUUCAUGAAAUACAACCAAGCUUACUCUCUUAUAACAAAUAUUCUACAUACUUAACGAAUGAAACAAUGUUAACUGUCUUAUAAAUACCAUAUAACAGUGCACUCAUCCCCAUUUUUUUGAAAAAUAAAUUCAAUCAUAUUCUAUUGAAAUUGUAUGCAAAGCAAACAUGUUGUAAUGAUUGUAAAUAGUGUAAAUUCCUACCAAUGAAUUGUUUACAUGCUUCUAUAUGUAGACUUUGUGUUGAGAUGGCGUGUAGACUUUGUGUUGAGAUGGCGUGUAGACUUUGUGUUGAGAUGGCGUGAAGACUUUGUGUUGAGAUGGGGUGUAGACUUUGUGUUGAGAUGAUCUGAGACUUUGUGUUGAGAUGGCGUGUAGACUUUGUGUUGAGAUGGCGUGUAGACUUUGUGUUGAGAUGGCGUGAAGACUUUGUGUUGAGAUGGGGUGUAGACUUUGUGUUGAGAUGAUCUGAGACUUUGUGUUGAGAUGGCGUGUAGACUUUGUGUUGAGAUGGCGUGUAGACUUUGUGUUGAGAUGGCGUGAAGACUUUGUGUUGAGAUGGGGUGUAGACUUUGUGUUGAGAUGAUCUGAGACUUUGUGUUGAGAUGGCGUGAAGACUUUGUGUUGAGAUGGUGUGUUUAUACUUUGUGUUGAGGUGGCGUGUAGACUUUGUGUUGAGAUGGUGUGUGUAGACUUUGUGUUGAGAUGGUGUGUGUAGACUUUGUGUUAAGAUGGCCUGAAGACUUUGUGUUGAGAUGGCGUGUGUAGACUUUGUAUUGAGAUGGUGUGUGUAUACUUUGUGUUGAGAUGGUAUGUGUAGACUUUGUGUUGAGAUGGUGUGUGUAUACUUUGAGUUGAGAUGGUCUGAGACUUUGUGUUGAGAUGGUCUGAGACAUUGUGUUGAGAUGGCGUGUAGACUUUGUGUUGAGAUGGUCUGAGACUUUGUGUUGAGAUGGCGUGUGUAGACUUUGUGUUGAGACGGUGUGUGUAGACUUUGUGUUGAGAUGGCAUGAAGACUUUGUGUUGAGACGUGGUGUGUGUAGACUUUGUGUUGAGAUGGUGUGUGUAGACUUUGUGUUAAGAUGGUCUGAGACUUUGUGUUGAGAUGGUGUGUGUAGACUUUGUGUUGGGAUGGCGUGAAGACUUUGUGUUGAGACGUGGUGUGUGUAGACUUUGUGUUGAGACAUGGUGUGUGUAGACUUUGUGUUGAGAUGGUGUGUGUAGACUUUGUGUUGAGAUGGCGUGUGUAAACUUGUGUUGAGAUGGCGUGUAGACUUUGUGUUGAGAUGGUCUGAGACUUUGUGUUGAGAUGGCAUGUAGACUUUGUGUUGAGAUGGUGUGUGAAGACUUUGUGUUGAGAUGUUGUGUGUAGACUUUGUGUUGAGAUGGCGUGAAGACUUUGUGUUGAGAUGGUGUGUGUAGACUUUGUGUUGAGAUGGUGUGUGUAGACUUGUGUUGAGAUGGUGUGUGUAUACUUUGUGUUGAGAUGUGGUGUGUAAACUUUGUGUUGAGGUGGCGUGUAGACUUUGUGUUGAGAUGGUGUGUGUAGACUUUGUGUUGAGAUGGGGUGUGUAGACUUUGUGUUGAGAUGGCGUGUAGACUUUGUGUUGAGAUGGUGUGUAGACUUUGUGUUGAGAUGGUGUGUGUAUACUUUGUGUUGAGGUGGCGUGUAGUCUUUGUGUUGAGAUGGUGUAUGUAUACUUUGUGUUGAGAUGGCAUGUAGACUUUGUGUUGAGAUGAUGUGUAUGUGACUAGUAGUGAUACAGAAUAUCAAUACUAGAUGUUUUAUUUCUUGUUCUCUUGCUGGGAUGAGAGAAGAUUCUUACUGCUAUGAUCUUACGUUGAGUGCAUUCAUAUCGACAAUAAUCACCAUUUGAUAAAUAUAUUCACAUUUCAGAUAUUAUCUUCGGAUAUCAAACGAUUAAGGUGUUAUCUGUACAUUUAUUAAUGAAAAGUCAUAAUCAUCACAAUGCUUUACAUAAAGCAAUAAUGCAUGUUACGUGAAGCGAUGCACGUUAGGCGCUGGCUUAACCUACAAUACAGGUCAACAUGAUACCAAAAUGAUGUGGUGUUUUUGUCAUGUGAACUAAAAUUUAUUUUCACUCCUGUAAAGAAAACCCAAAUAGAUGCUGAGAUGAUGGGAAAUCGUACUAAAUAAUAAUAAUGUAUUUAUCAAAUGAUUUAUGAAAUUCAAUAAUACAAUAAUUUGAAGAAGAUGCAGGAACAUUAGUAUCAUUUACCAAAAGAAAAAAUUAAAUGAAUGAUCAACAGAGAAUGCCUGACAUUAAAGUAAAUGUACUUUUGUGUCUAUUGUAGCUCAUAGUGUUUUGCUUUCAUAAGAUAAACGUUGUAAUUAAGCAUUUUUUCCUCCAUCAUUUAACAUUCAAUCUUUAUAUAACAAAAUUUAUAUGUAGAUUUACUUAUCGGUACUUUAUUUGAUAUAAAGAUGAUAAAGAAAUGAUUACAAGUAGAAGAUACCAACAGGAAAUUCCAUACCUUGGUAUAGGAAUUUAUACCAGAAAAUUCAACUACAAUUACCAGUAAACAGUAAUUCAGAAAUAGAAGAUUUACUGUAUACAUAGUCAGAGAGUUUGAAUAUUUAACAUUUUUGUUACACUCUUUGUUUUUUUGUUAUGUAGCGUAAUGAUAGUGAGAAAUAUUUAAUA